AUGUCCGCACAAAACUCAAUUAAACCAUUAGUCGACCGAAUUCUAUCAAACCCACUUCAAUUCACGAAGGAGUCCAAGAAACCAUCUAAUAUUAGUAAUAACUCUGAUCCAUCCAAGAACUCAUCGUACAUCAUGAUUGGCAACAAAGAUAAUACAGUUGCCACUACUUCAGCUGCACCAACCACUACAACAAGUGAGGUAAAUAAUUCUAAAGAUAUUAUUAAACAGGAAACUAGAAAGCAAAAUAAACCAAAUUCAAUGGCAGAGGCAAUUGCAUUAUAUACUGCUCAAUCUCAAAUCAGUAGUGCCUCCAGUUCGAAGAAGGAACAGAAAAACUCCGAACCUACUACAUCUUCUUCUUCUUCUUCCACUAAUUCUACUUCAUCUUCGUCAGGGGAGGAUAAUGAAGAAGUAUUCCAUGACGUUAACCAGAAUCCCGCUGAUCUAGCUCCAGAUUCUAGCCCUUCAGACUCAGACUCAGAUUCUUCUUCUUCGGAAUUAAGUUCCUUUUCUAGUUCCGAUGACGAAGGCCAUCCAGUCGAUCUCCCUAUAUCUGAUUCUGAUUCUGAAUCCAAAUCUGACUCAGAAGAAUUAGGAAUCCCAUUAUAUGAGGAAGAAACUGAAAAAAAUAACAAUAGUAAUGAUCCAAGUUCAAGCAGUGAAAGUUACGGUGACGAAGAAGACUUGGGUGUUCCUCUAAAUGAUAAUGAUGAAGAAGAUCUCGGAAUACCAAUCGAGAUACAAACAAAGAAACAAGACACUACAAAUGCUGAUGAUGAUAUACCUUCCUCCAUUAACACUGACACGGAAACAGAAUCUAAUGAUGAGGAUUUCCAUUCACAAUCUAAUGAUGAUGACGAGGGUGAUGAGGAUUUUGACAUGAAUGGUGAUGAUAUAUCUGAUUCUGAAAAGAUAGGGUUACAAAGGGAAGCCAUGGACCAUCAAAAUUUUUUACAAAACGGGAAGGAACCCUUAAGCGCGGAAGUUGACAGCGAUGAAGAUAUUUACCAGGACGAAGACGAAGACGUCCUCGAAGAUGACUCCGAAGAAGAACUAAAACAUAAAAAAUCUUCUAUAACAAAUGAAUCUGUAUCAGCCCCAGCUCCAGCACCAGAACAAUUUUACCAAUUUAAUGAAACCAUUGCUGAUCAAGGCUCAAAUUUACCUUCUCGAAUUAUUAAAAACUGGGGCCCCGAAUUCGCUAAUAGGAAACCAAAAGGGUUACUAAAUCACGGUGUCACUUGCUAUACUAAUGCUGCUGUCCAAGCUAUGUUACAUAUUCCUGCCAUUCAACAUUAUUUGUUCGAUAUACUAAGAGGUAAAUAUAAGGAAACAAUAUCACCAAAAUCUGUCUCUGUCAUGUUAGCUGAAACAAGUUUAAGAAUGUGGGCUUUACAAGAUAAGAAGAAGAAAAAUUUAGGUUAUAUUAACCCCAAGAAGUUAAUUGCUAGUCUUGAAACUAUUAAUUGUAUGAUGAGUGAAUGGCAACAAGAAGAUUCACACGAAUAUUUUAUGUCAUUGAUGUCACGUUUACAGGAAGAUUCCGUCCCGCCAGGACAUAAGAUGACAGAAUCUAUGAUUUAUGAUAUCUUUGGUGGUCUAUUAAAGCAAAUUGUCACUUGUAAAUCUUGUGGUGGUGUUUCCACAACAGAACAACCAUUUUAUGAUUUAUCAUUACAUCUUAAGGGUAAGAAAAACACAACAACAGUAACAGAUGCUGAUGGAAAUGAAAAGACACAACAUGAGAGUAAGGAUAACAACGACGAUGCCUCCCAACUUUCUAAAAGAUUUUCCAUUGAAAAAUCAAUUAAGGAUUUUUUCAAUCCCGAAUUAAUUAGAGUCGACAAAGAAAAGAAAGGUUACGUUUGUGAAAAGUGUCAUAAGACAACUAAUGCCACGAAACGAAGUAGUAUAUUACGUGCUCCAGAGACUUUACUUGUGCAUUUAAAGAAAUUCAGAUUUAAUGGAACCACCUCAUCAAAAAUGAAACAAGCCGUAUCAUACCCAAUGUAUCUUGAUAUGACUGAGUAUUGUGAAACACCAAGUGGAACCAAACAACUUCCGGUGAAAUAUGAGUUAUUAAGUGUCGUCGUUCACGAAGGUCGUUCUUUAUCGUCUGGUCAUUACAUUGCACAUUGUAGACAGCCUGAUGGUUCAUGGGCCACCUAUGAUGAUGAGUAUAUUAACAAGAUUUCAGAAUUGAAUGUCUUAAAGGAAGCAAAUGCAUAUUACCUUCUAUAUACAAGGCUUACUCCAAGAUCGAUUGUUUUGAAAAAUAACUUACCUAAGAAUAGUAAAAUUGGCAUUCCAAUACAGAGAAUCAGUACGCCACUUUCCACAUCUAAUGAAUCUGCUGAUAAUUUGAGCAUCCAAAAAAAGAAUAAAAGCAAAAAAGCAUUAUCAAACAACGAAUCAUCCAGGGAUAACCCGCAAAAUAAGAAAAACAGUAGAAAUGAUAGAAAUAUAAUCUCUAAGAAUGGUAAAAGAAAUAAUAAUAAAAGUAAUAGCAAAUCCAAUUCAAAUGGCAAGAAUACUAAUAAUAAUAAUACCAAAAGAGACGCAUCAAACAAUAACAGCAAUAACAAAAAUUGGAAGAAAAAUAAGAAAAGAAGAUUUAACAAGUAUUAA